CAUCAUCUAUUCUCUCACUCAGCGUUUCUGGGAUAGCCUUCUUUCCGAGUUCGAUUGCAACGCCUAAGUGUGCCUUGCCGUUCGAUCUCUCUUCUUUAACGGGACAAGCCAAGUAAGCAUAAUCUAAAAAGCUGUAACCCUCGUUAAGCUUCAAGUUGCUCACGUUGUACCGUGACUUACACCGCCACAGCUCUCUAGCAUUCGCUUCCAAUCUCGAGAGCAGGAUGCCGCUCUUCCCCAGCUUCGAUACUCUUCAACAGACCUUUGGCGGUCGGUAUUCGCACGGGAAACCGCAAAGCAAAGCCAAUGCAAGCGGUGCUACGCCAUAUCAGGCUCGGCUAGAGCUGUACCCCGCUUACUCGAUCGUCGACGAUGCGAAGAGCAAGACCAAGAAGCUGAGCGCCGAAGCCACCAGAGAAUUCGAGGCAGCGACCCAAAAAGUCCAGGGAAAAGAUAACAAAUUGGAGCUGUACUCGGGCACAUAUUAUGCUGCCUCCACGUUUGGCGGCUUGAUGGCCUGUGGCUUGACUCAUACGGCCGUCACUCCGCUCGAUCUCGUCAAGACGCGGCGCCAGGUCGACUCGAAAUUGUACAAGAGCAAUUUCCAGGCGUGGGGACACAUUUACCGCACCGAAGGCAUGCGCGGCAUUUUCACCGGCUGGAGCCCAACCUUCUUUGGCUACUCGGCGCAGGGAGCCUUCAAAUACGGGUGGUAUGAGUACUUCAAAAAGACGUACUCGGAUUUGGUAGGACCCGAGGCGGCCUACAAGUACAAGACGGGCGUGUACUUGGCCGCGUCGGCCUCGGCCGAGUUCCUGGCCGACAUUGCGCUCUGCCCCUUUGAGGCGAUCAAGGUGCGCAUGCAGGCCACCAUCCCGUCCCAGUACACGGGUACGUUCGACGGGUUCGCAAAGAUCAGGGCUGCCGAGGGCACCGCAGGCCUGUACAAGGGCCUCUACCCGCUGUGGGGCCGGCAGAUCCCUUACACCAUGAUGAAGUUUGCCUCGUUUGAGACCAUUGUCGAGAUGAUCUACGAUCGGCUUCCGGGGCACAAGAGCGACUACGGCAAGGCUGCGCAGACGGGCGUCUCGUUUGUCGGCGGCUACCUGGCGGGUAUCCUCUGCGCAAUCGUGUCGCACCCUGCCGAUGUCAUGGUCAGCAAGCUCAAUGCGUACCGCAAGCCCGGUGAGGGAUUCGGGGCUGUGACGACGAGGAUAUACAAGGACAUUGGGUUCAAGGGUCUCUGGAACGGUCUGCCCGUCAGAAUUGUCAUGAUUGGUACCUUGACCGGAUUGCAGUGGAUGAUCUAUGAUUACUUCAAAAUUUUUAUGGGCUUCCCCACGACGGGCGGCACCCCGCCUCCGGAGAAGAUCAAAUGAGUGGUCUGAUGAUGCUUGAGUUUCUGGCAUUCUGCGG